ACGACACACGAGACAAACGAACAACGAAAAUCGGCGAGACGCACUCGCUACACGAAAAACCGCGCGGACUUUUGCAUGAAUCACGAUUCCGAACGAUAGAAGACCAAUAUAUCAGAUUCAGCUACGUUUACAUCAGUGCUAUUUGUCGCGUAAUUAGUGUCAUAAUUGUAAUUAACUGUUUUGUGAAUUAUCACAUGGCUGGAGUAUUUUUCCGCAUUGGAUCGCUAAAUCCACAAGCUUUGGUGGUACCAUUUUUGCUGCUGCUGCUCGCUACGCUUUCAGUAGUCGAUGCCUCACCGAUAAUUAACCCAGGUUGGGUUUGUUCGAAAAACACCACUCGGCAAGUGAGAAGUGCUGCUGAAAGGGAGUUGCAAUCCAUGAUUCACACAAUCAAUCACCAAAUGCUUCCCGAAAUCAGAGCUACGUAUCCUCAUCAGUCAAAUGUUAAAACCAAAACAAUCAAGUGCCCCAGAAUCAAUAAACUAAUCAGCUCCAUCAGCGCGCAGCAGAAUAUUGUUCGUGCGCACCAAAAAUUCCACAAAUCCUUAAUGGAAAUGUCUUUUGUCCUGGACCAUCUCCAGAAGCUCAGCAUCAAUGCCGAAUUUACCGACUUAAAACAGUUUCAACAAUUUCGAGAGAAAAUUUACUCAACCACCAAAGCGCGGUUGGGUCUUGUUAUCUGCGAAUUUGACGAAAUUAUUACGUUCGAUUACAACGCCACUGUGCUCCCUUUCAAUCCUAGCACCAAACGUAUCAGCUGCAUACCUAAAGAUCCUGAUUUAACUCAGAUCGGGGCCCUAGAUAUGCAAUAUUUCAACAAAUUGAGGCGAUUAUUCAUGGCCGGCAAGGCUAUCUUGAAAAAGCUGAAACGCAAGUCCACGUUGCUCACCAAACGGCGAAGACACUCGAAGACUCGUAGGCAUAAUGAUUAGGGAUUUAGGUGAGACAAUCAUCAGCUGAUAAUCAGGUAAAUUGUACUCCAAAAUCGGUAAGUACAAUUAUAAAAUUGUGGUCGUAUAUAAUUUGUAAUGUAAUAAACUGUUCAGGACUGAGUAGGUACUUUAAGCAAUAUGUAUUUUAAAAUGCUUAAUCUAAGCUCUAAGUAGGUAUUAUACAGAUCUCACCCAAAUCGCCUUCAUAUAUGUCUGAAAUGUCUAUGUUUGUCUUUGGAAAAGAAUAUGUCCCCAUCAAAUCAAUAUGUCUUCCAUCUGUUGCUUACGCUUAAAAAAUUGCCUAUUUGUUUAAUUCUUAAUUAAGAAAACUGCCAAGUUAACCCUUUCGGCCCGGAUUUGGAAAGUCCGAGCAAUUGUGACAAAUUUAUAUUUAUGAUUUAUAUUAGAUGGGCCUAAUCGGUUAAUUGGUUUGAAGGCUGUGAAAAUUAACAAAUAGUCAAAAACUAACGGACUAACCGUAUGUUUUAAUGUAGACUUGGACCUGGUCUGAAACAGUUUGUUGAACAGCAUCCAGUAUAAAAUUCAGCCUCCUUAUAACUAUUAAUUUCCAUGUAAAAUAUUUGAAAAACCUACAAUUUUCAAAAAUGUUUCUAAAACAUACAGCUGUUUCAGGCCAGCAAUUUUUCAAAUAUUUAGGGAUAAUAUUAGAAAAUUAUAAUUAUGUACUAGGACGAAUAUAAUUGGAGAAAAGCUCUUCUCCUUUCAUUGUCAUUCCAAAGAAUCGUGUUUGUCUAGAGAUUUUUGGAUGUUACACUUUCAUUAAAUGAAAUAUUAGGUUGUAUUCAGCUAUAUUGUAGAACUGGCCUGACGAAACGGGCGAAACUGGAAAGAAACCCAGGUUUAUACUAGAUUUUGUAUAUAAUUUAUUGUAUUUUGUGAUAUUUUGAUCUUUGCUAUUUAUUUUAAUUUAUUUGGGGCAUUUGUGCCCCAUGUGCCUUAGACUGGCAGUGAUGUUUGCUGAUGUGUGAGUUUACACAACAAUUAUACAAAUAGUAACGUGUAGGAUAGGACAAACCCCCAGCAUUUAGGUGAAACUCGAUUUUCUAAUUGUAAAAACCAGAAUUUUAUUUGCCCGGAAUGCUACAUUAUGUAUUAUUUAAAAUCAGUAUUAUAUUUUAAUUACAAACGAGGAUAAUCAGUGAGGAAAAUGUUAUAUGCAUUAUUUUGUAAAUAAAUGAAUAUAUUUUCUAGUAAAA